AUGUGGGCGCAGAACUGGGAAUCGAUAUUCCCCGCAGUGUCCGAAUUCAAGACAAAGUCUUUGGACGUCACGGACGAGAUGUUGAAGGUGAGUCAUCCAAGAUUAUGUAUUUCCUGCCAUAUGUUUUUCAUCCACACGUACGUGUUCCCGGUUAUUCGUCCUUCGCAGCAAAAUUACACUGUCCGCCGAAUGUUCGAGAUUUCCGACAAGUUCUUUGAAGACCUCGGGCUAAUAAGUGUCAACGACGGAGCCGCUGAUUUCUACGGAUUAUCCAUGCUGGAGAGACCGGAAGACGGGCGUGAAGUUGUUUGUCAUGCGUCCGCUUGGGAUUUCUCCGCCACGAACAAGCUUCCUGGAGACUUCAGAAUCAAGAUGUGCACCAGAGUCAACAUGAACGAUCUCAUCGUCGUGCACCAUGAACUCGGUCAUAUUCAAUACGGAUUCCAGUAUGUAAAUCAGUCCCGGUUAUUCCGAGGUGGGGCAAAUCCAGGUUUCCAUGAGGCCAUCGGUGAUACUCUGGCGUUAUCAGUGUCAACCCCGAAACACCUCAAGUCCAUUGGAUUGCUCAGCGAGGAUUUCAAGGUGGACGAUGAAGCUGAGCUUGCUUUUUUGCUCAGGAUGGCGCUGGAGAAAGUCGCCUUUUUACCUUAUAGCUACGCUAUGGAUUUAUACCGCUGGAAAAUAUUUGAUGGAUCCAUCACCUCUGAGAAUUUGAAUUCUGAGUGGUGGAAACUCAGGAAGUUACUGGAAGCUGGGAGUUCCAAGCCUUGGAAGGAAACCUUGUUCCAGCUGACGGGGAGAAGGGAAAUGUCCGUUCAGCCACUGCUCAACUAUUUCAAAAAGCUACGCGACUACAUCCAGAAGUAUUUGAAGACCAACAACGUGCCGGUCGGGUGGGAGAAUUCA